AGACAAAGGAGCAGACACCCCAAUAACAAUAAAAAGGACGUCGAUGACAACACCUACUCUGCGUUUGAAUGUGCCGAGGCUCCGCUGUGCUGAAAGGACAGCUCCUUCGCUCUCUAACAUCUGCAGAUAUGUUCACCAGGAUGUUAAAACUGAGGCUUCUCAAUGCUGUAGCACCUGCCUACUUCUUCAUGGCUACAGCAGUAACCUUCAUUUUGCACUUCUGCUUCUUUAUCCCAACAAUCUUCCCAAACAAGGAUACAUCACUGAGGGGGUCUGCAACUCUUCACACAGUUGUUUUCCUUUUUUUGAUGUUCAACGCACUGGGAAAUUACAUAAUGACUAUUAAAUAUCCCGCUGAGAGCGCCAACGAGACUGUGGUUCCGGUGUGUUCAGCGCACUGCUCGGACAAAGUAGACGCACAUUACCUCCUUAAUGGUCGCCACUUCUGCAAACUGUGUAAGAAAGUUAUCCUCAAGAGGGAUCACCACUGCUUUUUCACUGGAAACUGCAUUGGCAAUAAAAACAUGCGCUACUUCAUCAUGUUCUGCAUCUACACAUCAUGCACUUGUUUGUACUCCUUGGUUCUUGGUGUGGCCUUUCUAACAGUGGAGUACUCCAUUUCCUUUGAAAACCCGCUUACCUUCCUGACUCUUCUCCCCCUCUCCACUGGUUACUUCUUCACGGGAACAAUCUCAGGCUUGCAGUUGUUCCUGGUGCUGAUGCUCUAUGUGUGGCUGGGCAUCGGCCUGGUCUGUGCAGGCUUCUGUUGCCAGCAGGUGCUGCUGGUGGCCUGGGGACAGACCUGGUGUCAGAUGCAGAGGGGGCAGCUUGUGGAUAACCGCAGCCCCUGGAGAACCAACCUUAAGGAUGUGUUUGGUACCCGGUGGAUCCUCGGCCUUAUCCUGCCUGUGCAGACAGUGGAGACGUGCUCUGAAGACACAGAUGCACAUAAGCAAGAGUGAUAACCACAUGUCAUAUCAAUAGCUCCCAAUAGGUCACACAAGCAGCACAAGUUGUAAAAAAAAAUGCUCUCUUGUGAUCCAUUGAUUUUAAAUACUAAAUGGAUGCUUUAUGACCUUUAAAGUAUGAAAUAGUUAGCAGUUAGCACACAUUCCUUUAAGGACAGGAGCCAUAUAUCAAUGUGAAACCUUUGAAUAUGUGCUUAGUGUAAGUGUAUCCUUUAAGUAAGUAGCUUUUGACAAUGCAAUAUUAGGACUAAUACGUUGGUCGUGCUGGGACAACCAGCAAUUUUCAUGCACUACCAUUUGCUUA